AUGCAUCAUGCCCCAAAGAUUACUACCGUCUUCCGCCGCUGCCUUUGCGCCGGGACAACCUCCAUUGUGAUGCUGGGUGCCAAAGUCCCGUGGCUGAUGGCCACUCUGAGGCAAUUGAGCCGGCCCAGGGUUUGCCCGAGCAGUAUUACAAAGCAAGAACGCCGUCUGGUGGAGAUAAUGUCACCAGAAAACGCGGUCUGGACGCUAUGCUCGGUGAUUUUGACUGAUGCCCCCGGACUCAUGCAGCGGAAGGAUGAGAGCCCGCUAGCAGAAGGCCGACUCAAUAUUCCGCUAAUUCAUGUCAAGGCAUAUGUCGUGUAUGUUGACAUGGUCUGGCAGAAUGAGGUGGUAUUCAAGUUAACGCCCGAGACGAUCGAUGCUCUGGUGGAUCUCCAUAUGAAGCUUCAGUCAGCUGAUACUGCAUUGGACUCGAGUGAAAGGCAAGCUCAACUGGACAACCUACAAAAGGAAUUCCUCCGAGCGGCCAAUACGUUCAUGUACCGGACCAACGCCAUAGAGCUGGUGGGAUUGAAUAUGGAUGGCACUGGAGAGCUACCAUUUGAGAGAAGCGAGGUUGUCAAAGCAGAAAUCCUCCGCCUUUACGAGCCAUCGAUGCCUUCGCCACGCAUGACACAAAUGUUGAGUCCAGUGCUUCCAUCGCCUGGUGUGGCCACACCAUGGACGCCCGAACCUGUUUAUCCUUCCGGGUUUGCCAACUCAUGGAGUACUCAAUCAGCCAUCCCCACGUCAGGCACAUCAAACCACUACAAUCCAACACUUGGUGAUGCUAUGCAUGUCGACCCUACCAGAUAUUUCUCAAUGGAUUUCGCCAGAAGUCAGGUUCCCAUCCCCACACCAUAUCCGGAAUCGGCUACCUACCUAUCUUCUCAGUUGCCGAUGUAUCGUUAG